AAAAGAAUAAACCUUAAUUAGAUUUCAAAAAUCAACCAUGGAACAGGAUCGCAUUCUAGCGACGUUUAAAAUAUUAAUAAUUGGCGAAAGUGGUGUAGGCAAAUCUAGCCUCAUGCUGAGAUUUACAGAAAAUGACUUCGACAGCGAUCAGGCGCUUACGAUCGGGGUUGAUUUUAAGACCAAAAUGCUCGACAUCGAUGGUGUGAAAGUGAAGCUGGCUAUAUGGGACACGGCCGGGCAGGAAAGGUUUCGAACGCUCACACCGAGUUACUACAGAGAUGCCCAGGGAGCCAUUCUAGUAUAUGACGUCACUAAGAAAGACACCUUCCAGAAGCUGGAAUCUUGGUUGAACGAGCUGGAAAUCUAUGGUACACGCAACAAUAUGGCUAAAAUGAUCGUGGGCAACAAGAUUGAUCAACCCAACCGAACCAUAACCAGAGAUGAGGGUUUCCGAUUUGCGAAAAAACACCGAAUGAUGUUUAUUGAAACAUCGGCAAAAACGAGCGAAGGCGUGAAGGAUGCAUUCGAAGAGGUAGUUCGUAAGAUUUUGGAAACAGACGGACUAUGGGAGCGAAAUGAUUACGGUGACGGUGUGGAUCUUCACGGCAACCGGGCUUCCUCUACCGGUUCAUGUUCAUGCUAGCUUUCUAAACCAUCCGUCUCCGUGUAGCGCAAAUAGUACAUACGUCAAAAAGUGCAGCCAUAACCGCGAAGCUCGUACAAAACUGCUAUUGUUGCGGACAUCGAACUUGUUGAAUAAUGUAACACUAGUCCGACUAGUUGCUUAGCCGCUCAUCUUGUACUAUUCCGUACUAUUUAUCAUGAUAUUCAACAAAAUGGCAUCGUAAAUAAGGUUUUAUGUUUCUUUUAAUACCAUAAAUUGAAAUAUUUUUUUCUCGUUUUUCAAAGAUUAUCUGUGGUAGCUUUAAGGUAACUUAAGGGUUAAUAAAA